GAAUGUAGGGUACAACGUAGAAACGUACAAUGGACAAGCUGAGACGAUGAUACUCGAAAUCCUGAGGAAUCGCAGCUUAUAUAGGAGAAACCGCGACAAAGAAAUAUCCUGGCGUUUGCACGUCUCCCUUCCCUUUGCCAUCUUCCUACAUAUCGUUCCUUUUAUCCAUCUCCGCUGUUCCACGAAGGGCAACAGCCGGUUGUUCGAACCAGACCGUGAACGGGACGCUUCCUUCUUGUUGGCUACAACGAAUUUUUUAUCGAACGCUCGACCAAUCGACUUCGCCCUUUGUGGCUGUCGAGAAGCGUUUUCCCUCGCAGCAGCCUACGAACAGCGAAUCCCGGGUUUCUUCGAGAUCGACUAGAAUGGGACUGGUCCUAUCUCAACAAUUCGCGCCAUUUUUCGAGUCCGUGUUGGGAUAGCUUUUUUUAUGAAGUGAACAGGUUUCUUCCUUUUUCUGUGGUAUCGAGUCCUUGCACAGAGUCGUUUCGAAAAAACCGAUCAACCGGAAAUCGUCAAAUUAUUGUCGUCGCGUGCGAAACGUUUUUCAACGUACUCGGAAUAAUUGUUAAUUCACGUUUCUACUCUUAUUAGUGUUGAAAAAAAUGUUUGAAAUUUAAAGAACGUCGUCGAUCAGUACUAUGUUAAUCACCGAAUAUUCAAGUAUCGAUUAAAUUAGUAAAUGCAACAACGUGUGAAUACCCUAGGAGCUAAAUCACAAGGCACACGCGUUGAAGGGGAAACGACGUUCCCUCGAGCCAGACUCGACGAACUUGAACUUGAGAAAAAAGCGUUCGUCUUGCCUUGAAGCUGUGCGGCCUUGUGGUACAGCAGAAAAAGAUAGAAAGAGAAAGACAGGAGGACAGAAGAAGGGAUGCGAAUGACCAGAUCAGGCAAGUGAGAGGCACGGAAAGAAUCGAUUAAAGUCGAAUGAUCGAAUCAACGCGGCAAAAAGUGUUCUAACCGGACGAAAAGGAUCCGCUUGGAUAACGAGAAACUAUGCAAAUAGAAACUCGCUAAUGUAGUCAAAUGCGUAGAUGAAACAAGCGCGAGGUAAGAAAUAGGCAGAUUGGGUCAGAAGCGAUGAAAAACUAAACGAAGUAGUUGGAGAUAGAUCGUGUGGGAAGCGGAACGAUCCGCGUAAUCAGUGGGCCGUCGUUAUAAUCUUGUUAUGCGUAUCAACCGGACAGGCACGUAGUUGAAAGGGUUAUACAAUUGCUCGGCAUGGUGGCUUACGUAAUUUCACGAUACUCAUGGAAGUUGUCCGUGCUGUGCUUCUCUUUCGAUAUCAAGGUCAUCGAAAUCGAUCGAUCGAUUAGCCACGGGUUGUACCCACGAAACGCGAGCGGUUUGAAAAUACGCUGAACGAGGAGGAACUUACGCGCGUCGAGGGGGCGCGUGAAAACGCGGUCGGCUCGCGCGUUCGGCAUUCCAAUGCGACCACGACAAAUCCAAUUGAUACGCACGGAGAGGGAGGGUCAAAACUUUCGUAAGCGACGCAUCCACUUUUCGUAAGUUCCCUUGUUCGAAGAGCGGUGGUCAUCGGUAUAAAACCUGGACGCUACGAACGAUCUGCACUCGUCGCUGCAAAGUCGAAUCGUCCACAAGUUCAACAUGUUCAAGUUAGCGUGUAUCGUCCUCUUCAUGGCCGCCGUGGCGUCUGCCGGCGUAUUGGCACCUGCACCUCUGGUCGCUGCUCCAGCACAUGUAGCAGCUCUACCAGCACCCAUUGUCACCGCUAGAAGCAGCCAGGUCGUCGCUAGGAAUUAUAACACUUUCGCCGCCGCACCACUUGCUGCAUACGCUGCUGUCCCUGCUGCUGUACCUGCCGCUGUACCUGCUGCACAUGUACCCGCCGCCCUAACCGCGGCCGUUGCAGCACCCGCAGCUCUACACGCACCGUAUACCCUAGCCGCCGCACCCGCUGCACCCCUGCCAUACGCUGCCUUCGCCCACUAUGCCGUCUGAUCACCCUGAAUAACCCCUUACCUCAAUCUUUACGCUAAGUUUCUUGUUUUUAUGGAAUAAAUUGCAAAUUAACCU